GAAUAGCGAUCAAUAAUACAGAACAGAAAGUGCGAAGAAACCAGACUUAAGGACUCGAUACAAUCUUGUUAUCUAUACCUGCUAAAACAACCUCAUAUCGUGCAAAUAAUGCAAAAUAAUGCAUUAUUUUUUCAGGUCUUUUUAGACAGUAGGUUAAAUGCAAUCGGGUUACAACAGGACGAUGAAAAGGCUUCACUGUCACGCAAGCACCAUUUACAGAAAUAUUUAAUUCUAAGACCAACUUAAACAUUAGCUAUUUAUCGCCUUAUUCACCUUAUACAAGCAAGUGAUAGGGGUGUAAUAUGUGGUUAAUGUGUGUUUCCCGUUCUCCUAUUGGCUGAGCCCAGGUUCACUCCUCACUCACAUUACUGAGACCUGCAGGUCCCUGAUUCGUUAAACCCGGCGCUCCGUGUCCUCCGGUUGGCUAAAAUGUCCACGUCAGCAGUCAAUUAAGUCAACGCCUUGCACUACACGAGAAACCUGAGGUAGAAACUUUUUCACAGUUCGUGUCUUCCUUCAGGAAGUUGUGACACAUGAUGGUGUUGUCAGGUGGUCCGGUAAACCAGAUGAAAUGUAAUUGUUGCAAACCAAAAGUCACACCUACUUCCUGAGUCGAACUUGUGCUUCUCGGCAGAGAGGAAAGUCGUUUGAAUUUUCUUUGAACAUUGGGUCUGCUUCUGUUGGUUUGCAGUUUUUAGAACGAAGAAAAGGUGAAUUUUUCUGAAGACCUUAAAAUUCAAACUAUGUUUAAUGGGACGAGAUUGAGAUGGUGAUCAUAUCCCGUGGGUGUUCGGUUUGAGCACAUAUACGUCCAGAGUAAAGUCACAGAUUUUGUUUUUAAAAUGAGAUUUAAAAUAAACAAGAGAAACGUACUGUUUUUAUCUUUUACUGCCCUUAUUGCACUGUCUCUCGGCUACAUUAUUCUUAAGAGUAACAGCUCACAGCGAGACAAUGAAAGAACAGUUUUAAGAAAAGAUAUUGAAAAUGCCAAUGAAAGGGGUGUCAUCCCAGUUUCUACGCCGAAUCAAGUCCGUAGGAAAUUCCAAUACGGGACUCUUUUUGAAAUGAAAAAAUCGGUGUAUGAAAGCAACUUGAGGCAGUUUAUCCGAAAUGCUGACAAGUUCCCUAAGGACCCCGAGCUGGUUAUAGUGGUUCAGGUCCACAACAGACCUGCCUACCUCAGAUUGCUCGUGGAAUCUUUGAGCAAAGCUUUCGCCAUCCACAACGUCUUGCUCAUUUUCAGCCACGACUAUUUCUCAGAGGAAAUAAGUGACAUUGUACAAGGAAUAACGUUCUGCAAGGUCUUGCAAAUCCAUUUUCCCUUCAGCAUGCAGCUGUACCCCCACGAGUUUCCGGGACAGGACCCGAGAGACUGCCCGAGAGACAUCUCAAAAGAGGACGCCAAAAAGAAGGGGUGCCUCAACGCGGAUUGCCCUGACUCGUACGGCCACUACCGGGAGGCUUCCUUCACACAAACCAAGCACCACUGGUGGUGGAAGCUGCACUUCGUGUGGGAGCGAGUGAGGGCCCUUCAGGGGUUCAGCGGCUACGUCCUCUUCCUCGAGGAGGACAACUACCUCUUGCCGGACUUCUACAGGUUUUUCAAGCGGAUGACGGAGCUGAAGCAAAGCGACUGCCCCGACUGCGACAUGCUGGUGCUCGGCAACCACGAGGCCCCACAGGAGUUCAGAGACUUGACGGACAAGUUGGAGACGUCGGGCUGGUCGUCCACCAGGCACAACAUGGGGAUGGGCAUCUCCAAGGAGGUUUAUUACAAGCUGAUGGGCUGCGCCCACGAAUACUGCACGUAUGACGACUACAACUGGGACUGGACCCUCCAGCACCUGUCAGGGUCUUGCAUACCGAAGCCCCUGAAGGUGAUGGCGGCUCGAGCGUCCCGGGUGCUGCACACGGGAGACUGUGGGCUGCAUCAGAAGGAGAGCUGCAACCCAGAGCAGGCUCUGCAGAAAGUGCAACAAGCUCUGCAGUCCUCCGGGAACUUCCUGUUUCCCCACGCUUUGGUUCUAGAUAAAGAGAGCUUGGUGGAACACAAGCCACACAUGAAAAACGGAGGGUGGGGUGAUCUCAGGGACCACACACUAUGCAAAAAUUAUGCCAAAAUUCUCUGAAGGAACAGAUUUUUUUCUUUAAAAGACAGGUGCCAUUAAAAAUAUGAGGGAUAUUUAAGACCCUGUGUGUGGGUAUCGCUGUGCUUUUUUUAAAGGGUUUGGAAUCAUUAGCACAGUAUUUACAUAACUGUUACAGGUGGACAAGAGCCCAGCACCAGGUAAUAAAAUUGCCUCAAGACCCCUCCCCCCUCCCAUCUAAAAAUGAUCUUCAACAUUCCAGCAUUCUUUAUUUCCAUGAAAAAGUCAUAGGUUUUGUUUAAGUUUUAUUUACAUUGAGAAAAACUCUUUGGGUGUUCUUCAAGUAGUAGGCAGCUGGCUUUAAUGGAAAACUGCACAUUAAGAAUAUAUACUUAAUAGUCAUAGGAAUGUCAGUCAUGCUUAUUGGAAAGAGCUGUGGUUAUAGAAUACCAAAGAAUUGCAUUUCUUCUCAUGGGUUUUCUUCUGAUGACAGUGUGCCCUGCACAGUUGUUCUGUGACAUCCUGUUAAACUGUGGAGUGGAUUACAAGUGUGCUUUUUGGCAUUUAAGACUUUGGGCAAUAUUUGUUUGAGACAUUAACGGGAAAGAUGUCACGACUGUUUCAUGAGAUGAAAAUACGCACAAAAUAUGAUUAGUUAUUACCUCACUGUUUUUUGUGCAGGCUGUACUUGCUACAUGCUUUACCCUGGUACAUGCUAUAAUUUGAUCCUAGCACUGUUCCAAUGGGGAGCAUAGAAAUGCUUAAACUGCCUUUUUCCAUCCAUUUUCUGCUGUCCAGCAUUUUCUGGUGUCGGUGUGAUCCAGUGGUGCCCAGCUGCAGACCUGGCGAGCAGCAGCUAUUUCUUUCCAGUUAGUUGAGCCAAUCAUUACCUUAAUCAGACCAAUUUCCCUUUUUCAGAAACUGUUGAAUUGAAAAAACCUACAAAUUUUGCUGCAUUCUAGUGAUCAAGAACUAGAGAUGCAUGCCUACU